AUGGCCGCUGCGCGGUCCCCUUCGCCCAUGGCCAGUCCUGGCCCCGAGCUUCUGCUCUCUCCCCGAUCCAGAAUGGAAGCACGCCUUGCUGCCAUGGACUCGAGCUCUGAAGACGGAGAAUCACACACUGCGCCCCGUCGUGCGAAGAGGUCCUCCCCCACACAAACACCAACACGUCGUUCACCGCAUGCCAUGCCUACACAAGAUUCAGACGACGACUCGGAAGAGGAGAUUCGACCACGAGGACGCAUGGCCGCACGAAUGCUCGGAAACCCUACUACAGCACCCACAUCAGAUGCCGCCAUGCCUGACGCCGCCCACGAGAACGAGAACGACAACGACGAGGAGGACGACAUUAUCGCAGCACCCAGACGCCUCAAGAGGAGAGAGGCGCCCGAAGCCACCACACCCAGGGACCAGAGUCCUGCCGCCAGCUCCAGCCCAGGUCUGUUUGUCUCCCGUUACCAGACGCCUGCGCCGGCAGAACAAGCUGGCGCCUCGGACUCGGGCUCGGAUGACAGCAUGCCCGACCUCAAGAGCUCUCGCUUUGCAGCCCUUGUCAAGCGCAAACGCGAGGAGAGGCUGGCACGCGAGGCAGAAGAGGACAAGAAGAGGCGGGAGAGAAUGGCGCGCCAGGCCGACCUCGACAUUCUCGAGGACUCGGACGGAAAUGUCUCGAGUAUCACCGACGACGAGGGCGGCCGCCAGCUCUCGCAAAUGGCGAGGCCCACCAGGAAGGCUGGCAAGAAGGCCAUGGAAGAAAUGAACCGCGAGACGCAGCGCAUGGCACGUAACAUGCAAUUGGCCCACGAGGCCAAGACAAGAAAGAAGAUCACAAAGGCAAGCCUCUUUGAGCGCUUCAAUUUCAGGACCGCCCCCGCUGCCGCUGUUGCUGCCGCGCCCGCUCCCGAGCCCAAGACGACCAGCUCUAGCCGUCCUGGCACGCCCAACUCGGCUCAUAACUCUGACGUCGACAUGAAGGACGACAACGACACGCCGCCCAGCUCACCCCCUGCGGAUGAUUCGGCCAAAGACGCUGCCACGACCGCCCAGCCUGCCGCCGCCCCAGCACAAAACGACGAGGAUGACUUGCCGUCUCUGGCCGAGCUUCUACAUGGUGCCCCGCAAGACUCAGACAAGGCCAAGGGCAAAGAAAUUGAUGUCAACUCUCCUUCUAAGCCCGCAACCAAAGCACCCGCGACGAAGCGUCAGUUCCGUGUCAAGAUGCCCGAGGUAUCUGUGAACCAGGUCAGCCUCGAUUCGGACGAGGAGCUCGAGGUUGCCGUGGCCAAGCGCACGACACGCAUCGACGCCGUCUUCGACAAGGUCCCUGAGAAGAAGACCAACGAGGCGCAGGCUCUGCACGCUCUGCGUCUUCUCGCCCAGGUCAAGUCGCCCGGCAAGGAGGUCCGCCAGAAGAAGGGCAAGCCCUCAAUGACCUCUGGCGAGCUCGGACUCAUGCUUCACCAGCGCGCCCGCCAGCAGGCGAAACUCGAGCGCGAGCGCCGACUCGAGGCGCUCAAGGCCAAGGGCAUCGUUGUGCAGACAGCUGAAGAGCGUGAGAAGGAGAUGCAGGAAGUUGAGGACAUUGUCACCAAGGCGCGCAAGGAAGCCGAAGAGAUUAUGGAGAGGGAGAGGGAAGCCGCCAAGGAAGAGCGUCGCAUCAAGAUGAAGAACGGCGAGCUGGACCCGCUGGCCUGGGAUGACAGCGAGGACGACGACGAUUACGAGGGCUCCGAUGAGGGUCAGGACGAGGAGGACGAGGCCGAGGUUGAACUUUCUGGCUCCGAAGACGAGGGCGCUUUGGUCGACAACGAAGCAGAAGAGACCGACACCGGCUCCGGUGCCGAGCAGGAAGCUUCUGGUGACGAGCAGGAGCAAGCCGGCUCCGAUGAGGAGGCUGCGCUUCCCAAACGCAACGCUCGACGAUCAAAGAAGAAUGCUCACGUCAUCUCUGACGACGAAGACGAGGAAGCUGAGAUGGUCGAGGCUACUCCCAAGCCCAAGACGACAAGCCACGUGUCGCCGGUCAUUGCCAGCAACAACUCACCCGCCAUGCCGACUUCGGUUCUCCGCUCUGCUAAGAAGACUUUCAUCCCUGGUCUUCCCAUCACUGGCCCCGCAGGCCUGGGACUGACCCAGAUCUUCGCUGGCACCAUGGACGACAGCCAGGACAUGCCUGGGGGCGGGUCAAUGGCAUCGCCCAUGCCCACCUUUGGUGGUUUCCCCAACUUUGACGAGGAGACGCAGCCUGACGAGGACAUGAUUCUCGACAGCCAGUCUGGCGACACGCAGAAGGUCCCCACCCAGCAGGCUGCUGAGACCCAGGGCAUCCAGCUUCACUACACCCAGUCUCAGAUGCACGGAUUCGACAGCCUCCUGCGUGGCGAUGAACUCAACUCGACACAGGUCGACAUGGACGCUUCCCAGGAUGGCGGCCUCCAGGACUACACGCCUCUGCGAGAGCGCUUCUUCGAGGCUCCACCCUCGACCAACCAGACCCAGACUCCGGGCGGAGAUGUGGAGGAGUCUGUUCAGGACUCGCCCCUUGUUCGCAGAGGACGUCUCCGUCGCAAGAUCGAGGACAUCGCAGAGGAACCCGAAGCGACAUCUGCUUCCAACUCUGGCGUGGCCGUUGAUGCCGAGGUCAAGUCGUCUGCCACCGCCUUUGAUGCCCUGAAAGCAGCUGCGAAGAAGGCGAAGAAGCUGAAAGAGUUCAACAAGAAGAAGAGCAAGGCCAAGGACAUGUUCGAGGAGCAAGCCGACGAGUCCGAGGAUGAAUAUGCCGGCCUCGGAGGCGCCGACGGCGAGGACAGCAGCGACGAUGAUGACGCGGCGUCCGUCAAGGAGAUGAUUGACGACGAGGCUGGCAAGGAUGGCGACGAGCGCAAGAUCGCAGCGCUCUACGCGGAACGUGAACGUGCACGCGAUGAACAGCAGGUUGACAAGCUCUUCCACGACCUCACGACGGGCAUGCUCCGCCGCAAGAGGGGUGCUGACUACGACCUUUCCGACUCGGAUGACGGCGGCGAGGCCCGUCGUCGCCUCAAGCGCAGGCAGUUCGCCAAGAUGCAGAAGGCUCUCUUCACGGACGAGCGCAUCAAGAAGAUUGCCGAAAACCCUGGCAACCAGGCGUUUAUGCGCACGAUUGAGGACCGCGGAAGUGACGAAGAGAUGGACUUCCUCGACAUGGGGCCCGAACCCAUGGAGGCCGAGGACGAGUCGCAGUCGCAAGAGCAGACGGUGCCGGACAGCCAGCCUGCUGCCGAGAACGUCAAGCCUCUCGGCGCAGCUGCGGCCACCAACCCGCGUCGCAACAAGGAGGGCAGGAAGCCGUCCAACAUUGGCGAGAUUCGCGAGUCUGUCUCGAGCCUGCUUGAGGACCCGAACGACCUGCUCAUCGCCGCCACGGGGGUCGACUCGGACAGCGAGGCUGAGGACGAACGACCCUCGACGGCGCAGAGCAACAAAGAGAACACGAGCCCCGGCAAGGUGAACCCCAGGAGGACGGCGGCACCCAAGCACGCCGUCAUCGACCGCAUGUCGCUGAAGCGUGACUCGUCAUCGAACCUGUCAGCCAGCACCAAGCUUGCCUUCUCCUCGACCACAUCAGCCUCGGGCUUCAAGGUGCCGGCGUUGCUGCGCAGGGCGACGACCAACUCGCUGGCAAGCAGCACGAGCACGAGCGCGACGUCGACGUCGAAGGGGCUGUCGGGCGGUGGGUUCGGCGAUGAGGGCAAGAUCAGGAAGACGGCGAGCAAGAAGUCUGGCGUCAGCUACCUGGCGCGCGAGACGGAGCGCAGGGCGGUGAUUCAGCAGCAUGAUCAGAGGAGGGAGGCGAGGAAGCUGCGUGGCGCGGAGAAGCGUGGCAAGGCUGUGGGUGGACUGUUUGGAUCCGGCAAGUUUGAGUGA